UCCGGAAAGACCGACGCAAAUUCCGGUUGAAACAUGGCUGCGCCCUGACAAAUGUCACAUUCGGUUUGGACAGCACGACCAAAAACAAGCAGUUGAUAUUGCCUAAAAUCUCAACUCUACUAUUAACUGGACACACUGUGCUGCUCCCCACGCCAUUCAAGACUUCAGAGGAUUUUCAAACUAUUCAGCAGGUAUCAUGGUCCAUCUAUCCUCGCAGCUCUUAAAGCGAUACCACGGUGGAUAUGUGGUCCUCCGCAUGGCUUUGGCGGGCCACAAGCAAGCCAACCGACCCUUUUACCGCAUUGUGGCGGCGUACAACAAGCGGGCAAGGGACGGCAAGUACAUCGAGCAGCUGGGCACCUACGACCCGCUGCCCAACGUGUACAACGAGAAGCUGGUCAGCUUCAACUCGGACCGCAUCAAGUACUGGAUCGGCUGUGGCGCGCACCCUACCAAGCCAGUGGCCAAACUUUUAGGUUUAGCGGGAUUCUUCCCCCUCCAUCCCAUGACAGUGACGGAGGCGGAGCGUCGGCGAGCCCAAGCGGCACGGACGGAACCGGAAAAAAAUGUGGAGGCGGAAGCGUGAUGACUUGUGAUGUCACCGCAGCGCAUAGAGACUGUUUUUGUACAUUCUAUAUUAUGUUUGAAGCACAGAGUCAACUAAUAAUUAAAAGUGAGGUAAUACAUCAA